UUAAACUUAGAUCGAUGCCUUGUUGUUCACGAUGGCGACGGAAUACGGAAGGCGCAUUAAUUGCGAAUGAGCUGAAGCUCAGCGUAGUCAGUGUACUUCCGGUUCCGCCCUACGUUUGGCUGCUCUGCGCCCUCUGCAUCCUGAUAAUCUUCCCCUGCCUGCCGAUCAGGCGCCUCCGUAAACUGAUCGUUUGGUCAUUGGUCAUCUUGAUUGUGUGGUUCGUAACUCUGACUGGAGCGUGCUAUGUGGGGCUCUACGACGUCACCGAAUUGGUGGUCUACAUGGCGGUAAUGAUCGUAUUGAUGAUCUCACUGCUGAUCUGCGGAGCCAAUUGCCGGAAGCCGUGUCUUCCAAACGUCCUUUUCAGUGGAGUGAUUGUGGCCCUCUGUUUGGCGGCCCUUUUUCCGCUGGGCAUCCUGUCGCUGCUCUCCCACCGCUACUACUUCGUCGGCUUCUCCGGAGCCCUGUUCAUCCUAGGUCUCACCAUAGUGCCCCUGCAAGCCCAGUUCAUCCACGGGCGCCUGCGGUACGUGCCACUGGGUCUCGAACCGAUCUGCUCCCUGGGAAUCUUCAUUGACGCAUGGAUCUUGGUGUUCUGCUUGUGCGUCUUCGGUUGUACAAUUGAAAUAGAAAUUAUUGGCGGAACUCCAGAGCAUUUAGGCGCCUUGUCUACCAUUCCUAAGUAA